UUAAACACUUUCAUAGCAGCAUUUACUUCAGUAAACUUCCUCAAAUAUGCCGUUAAGACAUUAACUUCCUCUCUAAGGGGUGAACACAGUCACUUCCUACAGUCUUCAACAACCCACAUUCACAGCAGCGGGAUUACGGUCUAGAAGAGCAUCUGCUAUGUUUGACUGCUGAAGUUGAGUGGUCACCUUUCUAUCAUGCAGAGCAUCAAGUGUGUGGUGGUGGGGGACGGAGCAGUUGGAAAAACCUGCCUUCUCAUCUCCUACACGACAGGAGCGUUCCCCAAAGAAUACAUUCCCACCGUGUUCGAUAACUACAGCUCGCAAGUCAACAUAGACGGCCGUAUUGUCAGCCUUAAUCUGUGGGACACAGCGGGCCAGGAAGAGUAUGACCGCCUUCGUACACUCUCCUACCCACAGACCAACGUUUUUAUCAUCUGCUUCUCCAUCUCCAGCCCCCCAUCCUAUGAGAACGUCAAGCACAAGUGGCACCCGGAAGUGACACAUCACUGUCCCAGUGUGCCCAUCCUGUUGGUGGGCACCAAGAGUGACCUCCGCAAUGACGCAGAUGUGCUGAAGAAGCUCAAGGAGCAGAACCAGGCACCCAUCACGCAGCAUCAGGGCCAGGCUCUGGCUCGACACAUCCACGCUGUCAAAUACCUGGAGUGUUCGGCACUUAACCAGGAUGGCAUCAAGGACGUGUUCGCAGACGCAGUGCGUGCCUUCCUCAGUCCACAGCCUGUGGUGGACAAGAAGCACUGUGUACUCCUCUGAGAAUACAGAGUGGAUAGAGGUUUUUUAAUUACAUUACACAGAGGAAUGCAUCGGAAUUUUGGGAAUGUUAUGGAAUAUGAGAAUGGUAGGUUUUCUGUGAAUGUGACCAAGAAACACAGCCUUAAAUGAAUAGGUCACUUAAAAAAUUAUUUACUCAUCCUAAUGUCGCUCCAAACCCAUAUGACUUUCUUCCAAGAACCACAAAAAGUAAAUAUUUAAAAAUCUUCACAAGGUUUGUUAAUGUAAAGUGAAUAGAAAAGAACAACAAAACACUAUAAAACCACCAUAGUAGUAAUUAAUACAACUCAUGGACUAUGUUCCAUGUCUUCUGAAGUGGUAUGAUGACUUUGUUAUCAAUAAAUUGCUAUGAAUAGAACAAAAUGUAAGUCGUUAUUCAUUCUCAAAUAAAAUUUUAUUAAGAAAUUAAAUACAUAAAUCAAAUAUGCUGGCUGUGUUGAUAACAUCAAACCUCAUUGGUUCUCAUCACAUCUCGUGACUAAACGUGUGACAUGAUGUCACAAGGUGUUUGGUUCUGUGUUCAGCUGAAGAAAUUCAUACGGGUUUUGAGCGACAUGUGGGUGAGUAAAUAAUGACAGAAUUUUCAUUUUUGGGUGAACUAUUUGUUUAAUCUGUAAAAUGAGUGAAAUACGUAAUUAAGGAAACUAUCAACAAGAUAGAUGUUUUUGUUUUACACUAUGCAUUGAGAUCCCCACUGAAGGCAUAGAACUAGACAAGCAGACAGACACGUUACCUGUCUGUUUCUCGGUCUGAAAACAAAUCAGAAAAUUUCUUUGGCAUUAGUAUUUUUUUUUUUUUUUUGUGAAAGAAAGUGAAAGAAACUUUUCAGGACUUCAGCAUACUUCUAAAAAAGUUUGAUACCAUCUACACUAAUAAAAUAAAUUAAAAAAAAUAAAAAUAAAAAGAUUUACGCAUUUACAUUUCAUAACAAAUUUCCAUCAAAUUUAAUUGAGUACACUUUAACAAAAUAAAAUGUUAAAAAAAACUCAAUAUUUUAAGUUUUAUUCAUUUACACAAUAAUUUAAAUGAUUACACAAUUUAAUUUGAUGGAAAUUUGUUAUGAAAUUAAAAUGUGAAGCCUAAAUCUUAAAAACAAUAUAAGACGUGAUGUGGAAAAAACACUUCGGCGAAGGAAGAGGUAACAGAUUAUUUUUGUGUCUGGUGCCUAAUUGACUUUGAGGAAGUCUUUUUUUUUUUUUUUUUUUUACUGUUCAAAAAACAGCAUCUGAGAAUUUGAUAUAUAUUAGUACUAAUAUAAUAAACCUUUUAUACCCAUGGCACUUGUUCUGUGAUUGGGGUACACAUCCUUGAAAACAGGCCUUUAGUGUAACUAGUGACAUUUAUGAUUACCUAUAAUGACAUGCUUUAGACACACCUGAUCUGAGGGUAUUUUUGCCUGGGAGCUUGUAAGCUUUACUUCCUCAUGUUGGGAAAAACUGUCUGGCAGUCCUUUUAGCAAACACAGGCCUUGGCACACAUCAUAGUGCGUUCUACUCCCCACUCAUUUCUUCCUCAGCGCACCAGGGCGGGGCUUUGAAAUCAUAUUAGCAAACAAGGCACUUUUUUAACUUGAUGACUGAUUAGGGAACAGCUCAUGAAAUUGAAUUAAUUAGCACAAUCAGACACAAUCCAAAAUGAGCCAUUAAAGUAAAGGAAGGAACCAUUAAGUUAACCAAAAAUUCAUUUGAGUUUUUACAUUUUAAAGCUCAGGGACUCAUCAAGCACAAAAUGAGAAUAAUUUAAGCUGUUUCUUUUCUUUUUUUUUUUUUUUUUGUGGAUAAGAUGAAUGUACAAUUUUACAGGUCAUUUUGAUGUAUUGAUUAGGCAUCCAACUGCUUUACAUGGAUAGUAUGACAAUGCAAAAAAUAAUACUGCCAUUGAAUUUUGAUUUAGACAGAACAAUUAUUACAAAUCUUAGUUUUUUAAUGAUACUGCCAUUUUUGUAAUGUUUUUGUAAUGCAUAGCAAAAAAUAAUUUUCUUAAUUAGUAUUUUAGUCCUUGCUUCUUGUUUUAAGCAUAAAUCUAACCAAAGUUAGUGAGAUUUAUGCUUAAAACAAUAAAAUAACUUAUACAAUUUUGUUUCUCAAGUAUAUUCAUGGUGUUUUAAGGAUUUUUUUCAAAUCACUGAUGAGAAAAUUAUUUUUUUGUAGUGAGCCCAAUACCAAAAGUGUAUGCCCUGCUGCGGGUGAUAAAAUACUUGAUGCCCCUUCUUUUUUGAUCAAAUGUUCACAGAAAUUUAAGAUCACAGUGUGUCCUAUGUAACUGUAAGUACACUUAUCAUCCUUCUGAUAACUAUGCUGCAGUAAACAAUGUGCUAGAGUCUCCUUAAAACAUUGAUAGCAAAGGAGCCAUACAGACAAAAACACUUAAUUGUGCAUGAAAGUGAUCAAGUUAGUCAUGACAUGUUUUGCACAAUCUGUAAGUGUGCUCUUGUCCAAGAAAACUGGCCAUUAAUGUCCAAGAAAUCCCACUAUCAUGUGAAAGCAAUCAUUUCCAAGCAUUGAGUCAUUUAGCUGAGAGUUGUGUGAGGAUGCUAUAGGAUAGUAAUUUGUUUGUUUAGCAAUGAAGACAAAAAUAAAGGCACGCAGCUCCAUGAAGCAGGAUGCAGUGCAGACCUCACAGUGUCACAGAUAAACAGUGUCCUGUCUGAGUAAAGGCAAACUGUUUUUUAUCAACAUCUCUGACUGUGACUUUGGCAUGUUGUCAGAAGAAUAUAAUAUUUAAAUGUAUACUUUAAAUGCACUGCAAGUUGCUUUGGAUGAAAGUGUCUGCCAAAUGAAUAAAUGAAAUGUAAAAAAAAUAAAUAAAUAACACAAAUAACAUUUUAAUUGUUGUCUUCUAAUGUGCAGUUUUGUCUAACUAACCAAAAUCGAUAACCUGUGACUUCUAUUACACCAUGUCUAUUUUACCUGUUAUUCCCUCUCAUGCUAUGUUUGAUGUCCGUUUUAUAUUAAAUAUUUAUCAAUUUGUAAUUUAUGCACAUGAAUUGAAAAAAUUGUUGCCAAAUAAAGUUCAAAGCUUGAUUUUUUUUACAGUUCUACAGUUUUAAAUAAAAAAAAAAUAAAACAA